AAGAUGGCGACGGCGACCAUUACUCUCCAGGUGAAUGGCCAGCAAGGAAGGGGGCCUGAGCCAUUGGCAGCAGGAGACAAGUGGAAAGCUCCACAGGGCACAGAUUCCAUCAAAAUGGAAAAUGGGCAGAACACAGCAGCAAAGCUGGGGCUGCCACCCCUCACACCUGAGCAGCAGAAGGCCAAGAAGUAUGCCAUGGAGCAGAGCAUCAACAGUGUGUUGGUGAAGCAAACCAUCGCCUACCAGCAGCAGCAGCUCACCAACCUCCAGAUGGCAGCUCAGAGGCAGAGGGCACUGGCAAUCAUGUGUCGGGUGUAUGUCGGCUCCAUCUACUAUGAGUUGGGAGAAGACACCAUCCGCCAGGCCUUUGCCCUUUUCGGGUCUAUCAAGAGCAUAGACAUGUCCUGGGAUUCAGUCACCAUGAAACACAAGGGUUUUGCCUUUGUGGAAUAUGAGGUGCCAGAAGCAGUGCAGCUGGCCUUGGAACAGAUGAACUCUGUGAUGCUAGGAGGAAGGAAUAUUAAGGUGGGUAGGCCCAGUAACAUCGGACAGGCCCAGCCCAUCACUGACCAGCUGGCUGAAGAAGCCAGAGCCUUUAACCGCAUCUACGUGGCCUCAGCGCACCAGGACCUCUCAGAUGAUGACAUCAAGAGUGUGUUUGAGGCCUUCGGCAAGAUCAAGUCACGUACUUUGGCCUGGGACCCAACCACAGGCAAACACAAGGGCUAUGGCUUCAUCGAAUAUGAAAAGGCCCAGUCAUCCCAGGAUGCUGUCUCAUCCAUGAAUCUCUUUGACCUGGGGGGCCAGUACCUUUGGGUAGGCAAGGCAGUUACACCACCUAUGCCCCCUGGGGGCCUUCCACCUGCAGCUGCUGUAGCCGCUGCUGCUACAACAGCCAAGAUCACUGCUCAGGAAGCAGUGGCUGGUGCAGCUGUUCUGGGCACACCAGCACUGACUCUGGCCCAGCCACUAGGGGCUCUACCACAAGCUGUCAUGGCAGCCCAGGCCCCUGGAGUCAUCACAGGUGUGACCCCUGCAAGAUCCCCCAUCCCUGUCACCAUUCCUUCUGUGGGGGUGGUGAACCCCAUCCUGGCAAGCCCUCCAACACUAGGCCUCUUGGAGCCCAAGAAGGAGAAGGAAGAGGAGGAAUCGUUCCCCGAGUCAGAGCGGCCAGAGAUGCUAAGUGAGCAGGAGCACAUGAGCAUUUCAGGCAGUAGUGCCCGCCACAUGGUCAUGCAAAAGCUGCUGCAGAAGCAGGAGUCCACAGUGAUGGUUCUACGCAACAUGGUAGACCCCAAAGACAUUGAUGAUGACUUGGAGGGAGAAGUGACAGAGGAGUGUGACAAAUUUGGGGCUGUCAACCGUGUCAUCAUCUACAAGGAAAAGCAGGGUGAGGAGGACGCUGAAAUUAUAGUCAAGAUCUUUGUGGAGUUCUCCAUGGCCUCAGAGACACACAAGGCUAUUCAGGCCCUCAAUGGGCAUUGGUUUGCUGGCCGAAAGGUGGUGCCUGAGGUCUAUGACCAAGAGCGCUUUGACAGUAGUGACCUGUCUGCGUGACCUCGGCCUUGCUUCUCCCCAACCUCCCACAGACUUGAAUUUUCCUCUUGUCUCUCCCCUCCAGUUUGUGUAGAAAGAUAU